UCCCGCCUACGUGGAUGCGGAAAAGAAUCCGAGCAGGCCAAUCAGAGGGGGCGGCCGGGGAGGAGCCCCGCCUCUCCUCUGCGGGCAGGUUCCACACGCCCCACAAUCAAUCCGCUGGGAGUGGGGAGUGGCAACUGCGCGGGCGCGCGCCUCUCCUCCGCCGGGUCCCCCCGCCCCAUUUCCAACGCCCGAGCGGCCAAUCGCAGGCGGGGCGCUGGGCGCGCGCACUCGACUCAACCGCAGCGCUGGCCGGCUCGCCUGGCCCUUACCAUCGGCUGUGGCGCUCACCAGAAAAGCACCUUUGAAUUUCACCUGGAUUCACAUCUCCAUCCACUGCAUCGAGAUUACCUCACUGCGAAAGGAAUAGCCUGACAUGCAGAUCCAUCUUCUCAGAAGGCUUGUUGUCCAGAUCGAAAGCCAACACACAAGAGAAGCAGAAACAAUCUCCUCCUUAGUGCAAAUGGGUUGUCCUCUUUCUCAGGGAAGACCAGCAUCUCUGUAAUUCAAAGUGCAGUUGAAGUCCUAACCUCUUUUAUGCAAGAUCUACAAAACUGUGGCAAGGCGGAUUCUGAAAUCUGGAGGAAGUGUGAGGCUAAGUGGUUGCAACUAUUCAGUCUGGUGGAGCAACAGCGACAGCAGCAGAUCGUUGCGCAGCAAGAACAGUUCAGUAACCAAAUCAAACAUAUUGAGGAAGAGAUAAGAAAUUUAGUUGAGCUACAGAAGAGUAAUGCUUCAUGGCCUUCCAAUGACAGACAUCCCUCUGACAAACUGACAAGCAAUUUUUCUACAUUAGAAAGUCAAAUGGGGUUGUGUUCUGAAAGCUGUGAAAGAAAUGAGUACGUUGUCAAUUAUCCUAAACUUAAAGAAACUGAAAUUCGGCCAAAAGCAUUUUCUUCACAUCAAGACAGCAUUAUGGAUAGUAUUUCAAUGAACAAUGGUGGUUAUAGUAAUUUUUUUAUCUCAGAACGAAAUCCUUUCAAACCUAAAGACUCGAAAGAAUUCAAGGAACACAAAGACAUUUCCAAAGGCAAACAUAUGACCCCUAUGUCCCCAAAGGAUUCAUUUGUAAGUGAUGUCACGAACAAGAGCCUCUGUAUCCAGACUACAGAAGAGUAUGCCUCAGCACUCAAAGAGGACAGCUCUGUUUUUCCUGGUGAAUAUGAACAUAAUUUUACCAGUGAAAAUCAGAUUUCUGAAGCACAUUGUGGAAAAUCAAACAGCAAAUCUUUAACAUCAUGGGCACAAAAAUUGAAACAAAAUCAGCCGAAGAGAGUACACACCGAAGAGGGAUAUAUCCCAUCUGUUCAAGGAAAUGAACAAAGGAAAAAAGCAACAAUUGAGAAUUCUGACUUCAGUGCUGCUACAUAUCCUCAUGCUUUUUACCUUAAUAAAGCAAAUGAAAGCCCAAGUUCUUGGGCAUCUGAAGGAACAGGAAUGAAUUAUUGGAAACUAGAAGAAAAGGACACGUAUGACUCUUUGCCUGAGACUUUGGAAAAAUCAUUCUUAAAUAUCAACCCCAUGAAAGUGUUACCAAACCAGCCUAAUUCUGCUAAUGAAAUAAAGAUGCCGUCACUGAAGGAUAUUUAUCAUACAAAUCAAAGGAAAAACCAGCAGUUAUCUGAAUGGACUCUUACGUCUACUUCUAAUCCCAGUCAUCUACCAGAGGUAUUAACUCUAGAUCCAGCCCCACACAGAAAACCAAAUCAACAGAUUUCAGGGAUUCAAUCAAAUAAAUUUCGAUGUAAUCUUGAAAGAUUGUCCUUCUCACCAGAGUCCAUAUUAGAUCCUAGUAUUUCUAGCCACUCUGACAUCGACUCAUUUUCACAAACAAGUAACGUCACCUCCUCCCAGCUAGAUAGAUCUCCCAAAUAUCCUUCCCCUAUUAAAACUUUACCUAUAGACUCUUGGCAAAAUCACUCACUCCAGAAUGAAAGUAGUGCCAGCUCUGCUUUUCCUUUAGUACAUACUGUUGCUAGUAAUGAAAUUUCCUUCAACACUGAAGAUGAAGAAAACAAUUCAAGCACCGUCACUCAUUCCCGAAUUGCAAGUGUGGACAACAGUUUACCAGAAGGCAGCGUUUCAAUGUCUUGUAUGGAAGGCCCAGUGGCAUUAUCCAAAAUGAGGCAAAACCUGAGGGAGAAGCAUGCUCGCCAUGUAGCUGAUCUCCGGGCUUAUUAUGACUCAGAGAUCCAUAAUCUGAAACAGCAGUUAGAGAGAAAUGAAGCAUCUGCAUAUGGAGAUUUGAAGAAAACCAACCAGAGUCUCGCAGACAGAUGUGAUCAAUUAGGUGGUGCUCUCAAUGAGGCCAGUGCUCAUAUGAAAAUUCUGGAGAACAAAAAUAAUUUGCUGGAAAUGGAAGUGAGUGAUUUGAGAGAACACCUCAGUACAGCCAGUAAUGCUUCCAAAAUUUUGCAGGAACGUAUUGAGGAAAUGCGAGCAAGUAAUAAAGAAAAAGAUAACACCAUCAGUCGACUCAAAUCCCGACUAAAGGAUCUAGAAGAAGCAUUUGAUAAGGCUUACAAACUCUCAGAUGAUAAAGAUGUUAGAAUAAAACAAGAAAACAAAAUGUUUCAAGCUCUUCUAGGAGAAUAUCAGUCCCUUGGAAAACAACAUGAAAGAGUAAAGGAUACAUUAAAUACAACUGAGAACAAAUUGCUUGAUGCAAAUACUCAGAUUUCUGAUUUGAAAAGAACAAUUACAAAACUUGAAGUCCAGAUCAAGCAAGUAGAACAUGAAAAUAUGUCAAAACUCCGUAUUAAUACCAAAAAUCAAAUAUCACCAUCCCUUUCCAGCACGGUAACAGCUUCUGACGUUAGCAGGCGGAAGUGGCUGAUACCAGGAGCAGAAUAUUCCAUCUUUACUGGCCAGCCUUUAGACAGUCAAGAUAAUUUGGUCGAUAACCAGCUUGGGGAGUCCUACUCUCUUAGGUACCAUACUCCUCCUGAAAAGGACUGUCCACUCAAAGACUCACCAAAAAGUUUAAAAGAAAGGGAGGCUUCAGAUACAUCAAUUGUCAAAGUUUAUAAAAAUCACGAAGAAGGAAAAAUAUUUAAAAAUUGGGGCACACAAACGGAGAAUGAGGACACUUCAAAUAAAACAUUAAGUCGCCGACAAGCUGUAGGAUUUGUUCCUGAGACCACCUUCAGUAGAAAUCGGUCCCCAGAGAAAGGUUCUCAUCAGAGAUCAAAGAAAUAUAAUUCUUCAUCUUCACAGAGAUCAUCGUCUCUCCCACCUUCAAACCGAAGACCAAGUUCUUCAACUAAAAGAGAUAUAAUGCUAACACCAGUGACGAUGGCAUACAGUCCAAAGCGAUCUCCUAAAGAGAAUUUCUCCCAAGGAUUUAGCCACCUUCGUAACAAAGAUGAUAGUAGUAGUACAAAUCGAUAUGAUGUACUUCUGGGUGAUUUAGAUACUGUUCCUGUGUCAACAAUGAAACUUAACAAUUCUAGGAAACAACUCCAGUUUCUUCCUGUAGAUGAUUUGGAAGAAAGCAAACAUUCAAGCAGUACUACUACUGAUCACCAUGUUAAACAUAGCUCUUGUACUUCUGAACAAUCAUUGCCAAAUGGAAUGAAUAAAAUAUCUCUGACCUCGAACUUGGAAAAGAAUAAGUCACCUUAUGAACCCUGUAAAACUAAAUCCACAGCAACAUCUUAUGAUAAUGAUUUUGAAUAUCUGGCAAAUGUGAGGACCCUGAGUGAAACGGAGCAGCUUUUUGAUGACCUUACAAAAGAAAAGCAGCAGAUAGAAGCAGCACUGAGUCGAAUGCCUACUUCGGGAGGAAGAAUGACCUUGCAGACAAGAUUGAGCCAGGAGGCCUUAGAAGAUCGUUUGGAAAGGAUUAAUAGAGAACUGGGUCCAAUUCGCAUGACACUGAAGAGAUUUCAUGUUUUGCACUCCUCUGCAAAUCUCUGAGAUUUGUAGCUAUUAAAUUUUGAGACAUUUUUCUUUGCACUAAUGUAUAAUUAUGCACUCAGAAAAUGCAAAUCAUUUUAUACUGUUUGUAAACCCUCAAAGAUAGUUUUAAAAUCAUGCUAUUUACACUUAACAUUUUAUACUUCAAGUAGCCAACAUAUAUUUUAAAGAUAUUUUGUUAUGCUCAGGAAUCUCUUUAAUUGUAUAUUUUACUAUUUAAAAAGUGUUAUUUUUAAAUAGUAUAUGUCUCCAAUUUAUAAGGAUAAGCAAGUAUAAACAUGGAGGCUUUUUGUUUUCUAAAAACAAAGUGUUAUCCUUUUAAAAUUAACUUUGCACACCAUUUUAUAUUGUAAAUAUGAACUUUGGGAUUUUUUAUAUAAGUACUUAGCAGCACCUAGCUUUUUAUAGUGGCAGAACAAUUGAAGUUUAAUGCAAAAAAGGAUUUCAGAGUCACAUUGUAUUUUGUUUUUAAAAAAUCUGAUGCAAAUCCUAUUUCAAAUACAGAUUGUAAGAAAAUGACCAGCUACUUAUCUUUUGGUAGAUUAGAAAACUAAAAGUAGUUUCAAAAAUGAAUAAUAUAAGAUUAGCUGUCAUUUUCUCCUCUAAAAUGUAUUCUUUGUGAGGAAGUAAUGAGAGGGAUUUAAUUCUUUAUUUUGACACAUGACAGUACUUGAAAAUUGUUAAAGAUUAUUUACUGCAUAGAGGAGAAGCCUGGGCCUGUAGAAAUAACUAGUGUUGACAUGGAAUAUCCUUUGUUUUAGUGGUAUUCUUGGAGUUCCUUUAUUGCUUAGGAGGCUUUGCUGGCUCCCUCUACUCCAGUCCUAGAAAUGUACUGUGGGUACCACACCUGAAAACUACUUGCUACGACUUGAAAGAGUUUAACAAAAUGGUAGCUCUGGUUCCUGUUAUCUGUGGUGACUUUUACCCAGUCAGCUGUUAGCGGAGGGUGACAAAUAACAACUCCAUAGGUGCCCCUGCUUGUAUAUAGCAGGCUCUGGUAAAAGCACCAGUCUUGACUGGGCCUUCACUCCCAGCCAUCUUCUCUGCUUGGCAUAUGACAGGCUAAGUGUGUAGACGGGGCUUAGUGUCUUCCUGUCUGCUCUGGCAGAGGGCACCAACCGACUGCUCUUGGCAAAGCCAAGUGAGAGCCACUGCUAUUGGGGCAGUGAUCAGUCAAGGUGUAAUGAUAUCAUCAUUCAAACUCUGCACCUUUAUGAGCACCCAGCUUUCAAAAUUAGUUUAUAGUUCUACCAGAAAGUUCCAGUUUUAUAUUUUCUUUUGCCUUUUUUUCUCUAAUGUAGUUAUUGACAACAUAAAUUUAUUGAUGCAAUUCAGCCUCAAGAUAUAGAAACACACACACAUACAUAUGCACACACACACAAACUUGGGUCUAGGGGUAGGAGAGAGAUCUUGGAGCAGGGUUCCAAGCCAGUUUGGAGGAAUUCUGUCCUGGGAACAGAGUGUGCCUGCCUGCUGCCAUUUCUGCCUGUGUCUCUCCUCCUCUUCCCCAAUAGGGUAUUUAGGAAACAAAUCAGAAGUCACUCCCUAUCAGUAGGGAUCAAGUGCCUUUAUUUUUUGUGGGUAUUUUCUUCAGGCUCCUUUUAGCCUCCUAGUAAGAUAUAAAGGAAAGGAAAAGAUCAUCCCAUUCAUCAUGUAAAAAUCUAGUGAAAGGAUUGGCCUUACUAUUGAUAUCUCUGGUAUAUACUAUUUUCCCACAUUUGUAAGUGUUUAAAAAAACAAUUGAUCCUCUGGAAAUUAUAAAGAAGUUACAUUCUAUCCUGCUUUUCAGUUACAUUUUUAAGAAGAAAAUUAACAUAGCAGAAGAGAUUAUGGUUUUAUCUUGUCCUGUAUUUAUCUCCAAAGUAGCCAAUAUUGGAUUAUUCCAAGAAUGAUAUUAAAAUUCUCCAGUGAAUAUUCUUUACUCUGUCUCUUGGAGAAGAUAAACUUUGUUUUGAAUAGUGUAACUGAUUAGAAGUAACAGACAGUUUGUACUUGCUUAUACACAACAGAAAUGAAGAUUAAAGAAAGAAUAUCUAUCUUUGGUGACUCUGAUUUCCUCAGUGUGGCUCCUGCCCCCAGUAGCACAGAUCAGACCCCAUCUAGAUAUUCUCAUCUUGCCUGAACCCUGUCCAUGUAGCCCCAUAAAUACACCAGGGAGGUCUCUGCCCAGCCCAGAGGUGUUUUCCUUUGAGUCUCUUAACAUUCUGUAAUAUCAGUGGAGUGGGUGGGUUGUCCAUCUGUUAUCCCUGGCUCUUGCUACACGACUUGACCGCAAGUCAAGUUUCCUAUCACUUAUCUCUUUGGUGAUACCUUUUAUGCUGCUUCUUGUUGUCAGUUUACCGGGUUAAUGCAUAUUUAUGUCCAUCAUACAUCUGCUCAUUGCUCUUUAGGUAACUUCCAUUUUCUAAUUCAUGGGAUUAUAGAUUCAGAUCUGGAAGAGACGAUUAGGUCAGUUGUCCAAACCUGGCAUUUUAUACUUGAGGAAACAGAGGCCCAAAGACAUUAAGUAGUUUGGCCAAGGACAAAAAGGUAGUAAGACCCAGGAUGUGAACCCAAGUCAGUCGCCUCCAUAUCCAGUGCCCUUUCUGCUGAACCACACUUUAUUCUCUUUGGUAUUUUCCCUUAUUUUCAGAUCUUCUGAGGAUCAGUCCUUCAAAGCCUUUGGAAUUGCAUCACCUCCAUCAUGGGCCUGCUCUGUCAUCCUUGUCUUUUUUCCCCAUUAGUGCCAAUUCUUCUUCCUCAUGCAGCAUUUUGAGAACAGUGAUGUGAGAGUCCAAAUAUGGUGAUUCCGAUGUUAAUAGAAAAAAGAAAUCGUCAUGGAAAUCUUUAUAGUGUUUUUUUUCUCUUCCAUUUUUUUUUUUGGUCCCUCCUGGUUUCAUCUUUAAAUGCUUUUGGAUAUGAUCUAGCUUAACUAUUUCCCAUGCCAUACUAUCUGCAUUUUUUUCCUCCACUGCUUCUUGCCAGUUUAUGAAAUAUUACGGCUCAUUUUCUUACAUUCUCUGUAAGGCUUUGCAAAUGAGUCUAUGCUUUGAACUGCUAUUGCUCUAGGCUACCAUGUUUCUGUGCUUAAUAAGGAAAGCAGAUGUUAACAUUUUGGCCUCAUUGUGAUGAUUGCUUUAUGUCAAUUAAAAUUCACAGGAAAUGGUGAUACUUCAUGUUGGUGUCUGUUCCUUUAUCUGUUUCACAUUUUCCCCUGUCAGUAAUCUAUUUAAAUGUCAGAUUGGAGCUAUUUUAAUUGCACAUUAUAGUUUAUCUUUAUUCUUAUUUGUAAAUCUUAGCACAUAGUAAGUGCUUAUGUAUUAGCUAGUAUUAGUAUUAACUGCUAGUGUUAUACUUCAAAUUUUAUGUUGAUUCUCUAAUAAGUGAGUAGUCUUACUGCACAAACAGCUGAUUAGGAAAUGAUGCCCACAUUUGUAACUAGUCAUUUCCUGCCUUUUUAAAAUAUAGGCAGUUUCAUUUUUAAGUGUAAUGUUUGGUUUUUGGUAUGAGCAAUGCCUUUCCACUAUCUGUCUUCCUAAAGGAAUUAUUCCAUUAUAUGGGAGCCUUUGGUCCCUUUUGCUUCUUAAUCUUGUGCUUUGUUUUCCUAAAAAAAAGUUUUGCAAGCUUAGCACAGUUGUCUAGCAUGUAAUAAGUGCUUGUAUGUUAGCUAGUAUUAGUUAUUAUUAUACUUGAGAUUUCAUGUUGUUUUCACUCUCUGCUCUAAUAAGUCAAUAAUAAGUCAAUAGUCUUACUACACAGACAGCUGAUUUGGAAAUGACUCUUGUGUUUGUAACUAGUUAUUUCUUGUCUUUUGAAAGACAUAGCUUAAUUUUUGCAUCUGUGAUGUUUGGAGCUGGUCAUGUCCAGUGCCUUCCAACUUCAUCUCUUCCUGAAGAAAGUAUUCCAUUAUAUGAGGCUUUUUAAGAGAGGUCCCUUUCACUUCUUAAACCUGCACUAUUGUUUUCCUUAAAAUGUUUUGCUCUCUUCCUUUAUGCCUACUUUUAUAAUGAGGUCAGCAAGUGUGUGUGUGUGUGUGUGUGUGCGCGCGCGCGUGUAUUCUCUCUCUCUCUCUCUCUUUUUUUUUUCCCUUAGUGAGGCAAUUGGGGUUAAAUGACUUGCCCAGGGUCACACAACUAGUUAAGUGUCUGAGGCCGGAUUUGAACUCAGGUACUCCUGACUCCAGGGCCGGUGCUCUAUCCACUGCGCCACCUAGCUGCCCCUGUGUAUUCUCUUUGGUAUCUUCCCUUAUUUCCAGGUCUUCAAAGCCUUCAAAAUUAUGUCACCUCCAUCAUGAACCUGUUCUGUCGUCUUUGUCUUUUUUUCCAUUAGUGCCAAUUGUACUUCCUCAUGCAGCAUACUGCAGUCUGAUUUGGAGGGUCUUAUCAAAUUCUUUGUAGAACUUCUCUACCUCCUUAUUCCCUCUGUAACUGCUAGCACAGUUGUAAUUUUCUUCAUGGUGGUCUUUUUGCUUAUGCUCAUCAAGAAUACCACCCAUAACCAAUGAAAUAUUUCUUCUUGUCUUUGAAUGCAGGAGAAAAUCAGCUCCUAUAUCUCCCUCUCCAAGAUGAGCUAACCUUCCAUUUUGGUACAACUGGCUUCAUUUGUGUCAAUAUCCACAAAACUGGUUUCCUCCAGUAGUAUGUAGUCUCUUUCAUUAAUCAAGGGCCUGACAUUUAAAAGUGUCUAUAGUGAUUGUGGAUACUAUAAAAUAAGUGGGAUUUUGGCGGGGCACCACACAACCACCAUCACUGUAGUAGUGGAAAAGGUCUACAUAAGACUGAAGGCCAUUCUGUACUUGGUUUCAUGGGUUGCCACGUCCACAGAGUUCAUCUCAUAAUUUUCAAUUUUCUACUUUAAGUAGAGCCUGGAUGACCACUUGUUGGUGAUAACAGAGUGGGAUUUCUUUUCAGGUAUGGGUAAAUGGCCACCAAUAUCAUUUCCAACUUGAAAAUGCUGUGAUACUUAGCUAGUUAGACACAGUCUGUUACAGCUUCCUUCCUUGAAACUUUUCCAGAAUGUUAGAACUUUUCAGUAUUUGUAUACUACCUAUUUUUUUUUUAUCCUUCUACUUUUUUUGUUUGUUUGGUUUUUGGUGAGGCAAUUGGGGUUAAGUGACUUGCCCAGGGUCACACAGCUAGUCCAUGUCAAGUGUCUGAGGCUGGAUUUGAACUCAGGUCCUCCUGACUCCAAGGCCAGUGCUCUAUCCACUACGCCACCUAGCUGCCCCUUGUAUACUACCUAUUGUGUGUAGUCUUUGAGAACCCAGCGUUCUACCCAUGCCAUGAUGAAAAAAAACACCAAACUGUGUAUCUUGCACAAAAGGGAAAACCAGAAAAGGUCUCUCCCUGGCCCUUUUUUUUUUCUUUGCUGCUUUUUAUACCCCGCAUGGAAUUUUAGCAAGCUGGAACAGCAGACUUAUUUAAAAGUUCUGCAUCCAAGUCUGGAGAGGUCCACUCUGACCUCUGCGUGCUCUUCGCUUCCCAAUUCUUUGUAUUGUUUAGAAAUGACUGACCUUUUGCCAUGGCUGCCUUUUUAAUGCAAAUAUGGAGAGUCCACAAAUUGUUGAUGCCUGUAAAAUCUGCCCCACCCUCAUCUGGUGUUCUUAGCAUGAACUUGCAAUGCAUUUUUUCCCUUUAAACUAAUAGUACUGUGGAGUAUUACAGACUUUUGUGGGCUGGUUGGAUAAUUUAACCAUGAUACAUUGGUUCUAAGAGAAAAUGGAUUCUAAAUUCUGGACAAUGAACUUAAACAUACUUGAUAGUUGAAGGUUGUAUAAGCUUUGUCUACACACACACAUACACACACACACACACACACACAUAUACACACAAUCUCUCUCUCUUCCUAUAACCCAAGACCUUCACUUUUCUGCUUUGUGCCUGGCACAUAGUAGGUGCUUAAUAAAUGCUUGUUAAUUGCUUGAAAGUAACAGGAACAAUAAUCUUGGAGAAUACGGGUUCAGAUACUACCUAGAUUCUACACAAAGUUAGUCAAUUUCAAUUUAUCUGAAAUAAAUAAUAGGUGCAGGAUGAUUUUUCCAAAGAAUAUAGCCAAAAUAUUUUUCAAAAAUAAUUUUUAAACAAAUUCCAUUAAAAUACACCUCUUUGAGAAAUAUUAAAUGUAAGUAGGAAUAUACAAAGGAAAUUAUCCUUAAAAGGACACUUCUAUUUAUCUUUUUGUGAGUAUUAGAAAGCUUUAAUAUCAGUGCUGUAAAAUUACUAUUUUUUUAGAUUAUGUAGAUGACCUAGAGUCUAGAAAAGCUACCUGGGUAUUUAUGUACUGGAAGUUUUCAUUUUGAAGCACUUAUAUUGUAAAAUUUGCUAACAAUGUUUUGCCUUCUAAGUUCCUGAAAAACAUGAGCAAAUGUCACUAAAUCUUUAUAUGCUGCAGGUCUUUCAAAAGCUUUGCAAAAAUAAAAUGCAAACCUUUUUGCUGU